AUUUUGAAAUAUUUAUUAGUAGUCUUUUUUGAAGACAGACAGGAGUAUGGUUGAAUGUUACCUCAUUGUUGUACUAAUCCUGCAUUGCAUAUAUAUUAUUCAUCGCGAGUGCUGCAACCACGACAGACAAAGUAAUUAGAAGAGACAAAAUGUCACAUGGCCAGAAUGCGUCAAACACAGUUUUAUGGCAUCGACACGUCACAUGCUCAAACGUUACAAUCAAUCCAACGAAGCACGCACAUUAACAUGUCUUUAAUUAAAAGAUCCAAUGCACCAAGAAAGAGGCACAACCGCACAAGAGAGAUUCUUAUCUCUGUAUUGAUCCAAUUUCAGCAACCAUCUCCCCAUAUAGCAAUGGCGUUGAAAUCCCACCAGCUUCACUUCGUGAUGAUCCCGUUGAUGUCUCCAGGACACCUUAUUCCUAUGACUGACAUGGCCAGGCUAUUUGCCCAACAUGGUGCUAUCAUCACAAUAGUCACCACUCCCCUUAACGCCAUCCGGAUCAGACCAGCCAUCAGCCGCGCCAAUGAAUCCGGGCUCUCUAUCCGGCUUCUCCAGCUCCAAUUUCCACUCCAUGAAGCCGGCUUGCCAGAAGGGUGUGAAAAUAUGGAUGCAGUCCCCUCACGCAGCUUAUUCAGAAACUUCUUGGCUGCUGUUAGUAAGUUGCGGCAACCGAUAGAACAAUUACUUGCAGAGAUGGAACCCUGCCCGAGCUGCAUAAUAGCAGAUAACCAUCUUGCUUGGACAGCUGAUGUUGCUGACAAGUUUCAUAUACCAAGACUUUUGUUUGAUGGGACAAGUUGUUUCAAUCUUUUGUGCUGUCAUAAUCUACACGCAUCAUCCAAGGUUCUCGAGAGUGUUUCUGGUUCAAAUCAGCCCUUUACAGUGCCUGGUUUACCUGAUCGAAUUGAAUUAACCAAAGCACAACUACCAUCUAGCUUGAAUCCGAGCAUUAAAGAUUUUAGAGAUCUUCAUGCAAAGAUAAGAGCUUCUGGGGAAAGAGCUUAUGGCGUGGUGGUCAAUAGUUUUGAGGAGUUGGAAUCAGAAUAUGUUAAAGAAUAUCGCAAGGCAAAAGGCGAUAGAUCAGUUUGGUGUAUUGGCGCAGUGUCAUUGUCCAACAAGGCAGACUUGGACAAGGCGCAGAGAGGUAACAACUCCUCAAUUGAUGAAAACAAGUGCCUGAAGUGGCUUGAUUCAUGGCCUCAGAGCUCUGUUGUUUAUGCUUGUCUUGGAAGCCUUAGCCGCCUUCCACCUUCACAACUAAUAGAGCUUGGUUUAGGCUUAGAAGCCUGCAACAGGCCAUUUAUCUGGGUGCUUAGAGGAGAUGAAAAUGGAGAGAUGGAGAAGUGGAUAAAAGAGGAUGGCUUUGAAGAGAAGACAAAAGGGAGAGGCCUCUUGAUCCGGGGCUGGGCUCCGCAGGUACUAAUCUUGUCACACCCUGCAAUUGGAGGAUUUUUGACACAUUGCGGCUGGAAUUCGACGCUGGAAGGGGUUUGUGCAGGCGUGCCAAUGGUAACAUGGCCUAUUUUUGCAGAACAAUUUUUUAAUGAGAAGUUGGUUGCACAAGUGUUGAAGAUUGGGGAGAGAGUGGGGAAUGAGAUAGCUGUUCCUUUAGGAGAGGAAGGUAAGUAUGGAGUCUUGGUGAAUAGGGAGCAGGUUAGGGAGGCUAUAGGAAAGAUAAUGAGUGAAGGGAAAGAAGGGGAAGACAGAAGAGAGAGAUCAAGCAAGCUUGCAGAGAUGGCAAAGAAGGCAACAGAAGAGGGAGGAUCUUCUUACCUCAAUAUUACAUUUUUAAUGGAAGAUAUUAGGAAACUAGCCUUUGGCCAUCAAGCUUUAAGUCAUUAGACAUUUGUGGAUGCAUUAUCUCAACUAUAAGAGCAUUCUCAAUUUCCUCUGUUUUUGUCUUUUUGUUUUUUGUUUUUGAUAGCUCUGUUCUUGUUGUUGAGAAAGUUGA